CCUGCAAUCCCUUCGAAGUCUUGAUCCCGACAGCUGUUGAUCCCAGCCAGCAGAGUAAAUGAGCAAGUCGGAACAGAGCAUUCCUCCGAUUUCGCUUCGAAGAGCUCCUCCUAUUGCCACCUUUCCCUUUUCCCUUUACUCUUUCCAGCAGUCAGCUCUUGGUCCGGAAUAGCCAUGGCGGACUCUUCUGAAAGCUCUCCCGAAAAACCACCCUCGCCAGACAAGACAACCGCGACCACUCAUCUGGAUGACGACCCCUCCGUCCCGAGUCCUCCGUUCCACGAGCUGGUCAUGCUGCUUGAGGAUAUCUCAAGGCGUCGCUCCGAAAAGUCUCAGUUUCUUCGCAGAUACUUCAAAGAAUGGCGCGAGAACGGACAUGGGGACAUGUUUCCAGUCAUCAGGCUGUUAUUACCUCAGCUGGAUCGCGAAAGAGGGCGCUAUGGAUUGAAGGAGCAGAAGCUGGCCGAUCUGUAUAUCACAAGUUUGAAUAUCCUUCCAGGGUCUGAUCCGGCCAUUAAACUUAAGAGCUGGAAAGAAGGCUUACGGGACUCUGCUGGCGAUUUCAGCUUGGUGGUGCGCGAGGUAGUGGCUAGCCGUUCGUUAGUUACGCAUCCUCAAGGACAAACGAUCCGGGAUGUGAACAACCUAUUGACAGCACUUUCUAGAAAAGGGUCCGACAAUGCGCAGGUUUUCAAGACGCUUGUGCAGACCUAUACAGCUUUGGAGAACAAAUGGAUCGUGCGCAUCAUCAACAAGGACCUCAAAAUUGGCAUGAGUGAAAAUUCUGUCCUGCCAUGUUAUCACCAAGACGCCAUAGAACUCUUCAAUGUCUGCAGUGAUCUCCGGAAAACUAUCAUUGACUGUGCCGACCCCCAUAUCCGCAUCUCUACCUCUGCCGUGAACCUUAACCAGGCUUUCAAGCCUAUGCUGUCCAAGAGACUUCCGAGUGCCAGGGACGUGAUCGAGUGUAUGGGGAACAUGCCUUUUUGGAUCGAGAUAAAGCUGGACGGGGAGCGCGUGCAGGUCCACAAGGAUGGAGAAAACUACCGGUAUUGGUCCAGGAACUCGACCGAGUACACGCAUCUCUAUGGCGCGACACCGAACGAGGGUUCCCUGACACCAUUUAUUCAUCCGUUGAUUAAUCCCAAAGUCGAGAAGUUGAUCCUGGACGGAGAGAUGGUCGAGUUUGAUCCAGCAACUAAGGAGAUCAUUAACUUUGGAACUGUCAAGACGGCCGGAGGCGACCAUUCUGACGAUGCGCACAAAAGACGACCAUUAUUGUUUGUGUUCGAUGUGUUAUACAUGAAUGGUGCCUCGAUUAUCGACCAGCCGCUUGAGACUCGCCGAGAAAUGCUCCCAUCCAUCAUUCCAAAGCAAAUCGAGGGUCGUCUGGAGAUCCUCAAGUAUCAGAUCGGAAGCGCGGAGCAGCACAUCAUUGAUGCGGUCGACUCAGCCGUCAUGGAUCGCCAAGAAGGCGUAAUUGUUAAGAAUCCUCGGUCUGUCUACACCCCCAAUGGCCGUGGAGAGGACUGGGUCAAAAUUAAACCGGAAUAUGUCGACGGAGUUUUCGACAGCUUGGACGUGUUGAUCGUAGGAGGAUACUAUGGAAAGGGCGCAAGGGGUGGUCAAGGCGUCAUUGCGGCGUACCUUUGUGCUGUGCGCGACAAUACCUCAAAGUCACCUACAGGCAAGCAAUUCCUGUCAUUUUGCAAGUUCGGCUCCGGAUUCACAUACGAGCAGAUGGGAAAGUUUAGCCAGAUAUUGGGGCCACACUGGAAAGUAUACAAACAUUACAAGGAGAACCCGUGGGUGGAAAUGAUCGAUAAUGCCAAGAUGCGUCCGGAUGUCAUUAUCGACCCUGAAAAGUCAAUUGUAGUGGAGGUAAAGGCUGCAGAGAUUGUUUCCAACACGGACUCGUAUGCUGCAGAAUAUACACUUCGGUUCCCACGAUUCCUGCAUGUCCGAGAAGACAAAGAUUGGACAUCAUGUAUGACAAUGAGUGAAGUGCAUCGCAUGUUCCGCGAAUACAAGGGAAAACUCUCCACGCGUCAAAAUGAUAUGAAACUGGGUUCGAGUAAUCCAACUAAAACAAAGAAGAAACUGAUAGGACCACGAAAGACAACACAAGCGCAUUUCUUGCGUUCGAUGGUCGGAGAUAUGAGUGCUGUGAAAAUGGAAACGGAUCUAUUCAAAGGCCAGGUCUUUUGGAUUGUACGUGGCGAUGAGGAGCAAUCCAAACCAGAGCUCGAGAUCAUGAUAAAGCGGUUCGGAGGAAAGCAAACACAGUCGGAUCAAAUGGAGAAUACUGUAAUUGUCGCCGGUCUCCAUGGACCGGAUUUGAUUGGCCUAAAGAAGAAGGGUCAUAGGAAUAUUCUGUUACCUACAUGGAUCCGCGACUGUGUCAGAGAGCAGCGUUUGAUUCCCUUGAACCCGAAGUACAUGAUGUUUGCAACCAAAGAGACCGAGCGACAGUUCCGGAUGAUUAUGGACCAGUACGAGGACUCUUAUACAGAGCCACUGACCCUAGAUGGACUCCAAGAGAUUCUGGAUAAAAUGCCCAGCAGGACGGAGGUCGUUAAGCGCAGGCGCUUCCGAAUCGCACAGGAUCGUGCCUCGAAGAUCAAAAUCAAGCGUCUAAACAACCUGGAAGACCAGAUCAGGGACUCUUUGUUCGAUUCUGAAGUUAAGCAUAUGUUGCUACAGAUGGAACUUGAUAACCCGGAUGGGACUUGGGAGCGAGAAGAUCAUGAGCGGGCGAGAAAAAUCGCAGCGGAGUUGACACGGCGGUACUAUGGGCACGACGGAGAGAUUGAACCGCCGUUGGGGAUGUUCCAGGGCAUCAAAGUAUUUGUGGUGUACCCACCCACGCCCUCGGAAUACUUGCGGUCGAUGGCGUCGUUGACGGAUAAAGUGAAGUAUGAGAAUGAUGUUGGAGGCGGUAAUCGAGGAGGAUCAUCUUCGUCUGUCGUGUCGCCUUCCACUCUGACAGAUGGUGGUUCGUCGCAGGAUUGCCUGUUUGAUGUGAUGUCCAAAGCGAUCGAUCUGUGGUCGGCCAAGAGAGACGAAACAAUCACUAAUAAGGUGUCGAGGAUUCAUAGCGUCGAUGGCGACGUUGCCGCCGAGGUUCCGGACUGGACCUAUGUUGUUGAAGAGACUGCGCGACAGGAGGAUUUGGAGUACAUGCUGACUAAGCUAAGUCAUUACCAGCUAUGCCGGAGCAAUUUGGAGUCGGUAUGCCAGAUACUCGAGGUCCAUGGCGCUCAGGUUGUACCACAAGAGCAGUGCACGAUCAAGAAUUGUCAACAACAGCUCCGGAAUCGCAUUAGUCUCAAUAACGCCAACAAUAGCAAUCACAGUAAGCACGACAAUACAAGCAAUGAGAAUGACGAUGUCGGCGUCCCACUCGAAAUCGUAGUCCUUUUUGACCCGCUCUAUCUUGAGUCACUCGAUCAGUGGAAGAACGCCAUGCGCGUGUCUGUUCUCUACGGCUCUGACGCAGGAUCGUUUGAGGUCCCGCGGUUGGUCACGUCCGAAUGGGUCAAGCAUUCUCAAAAGAGCGCGUAUCGUCUGCCAGAAGAAGGAUAUUAUCCUACUGCGUAACGAUAGUACGACGUAGUCAAAUUCAAGGAAGUCCAGCAAAAGUUAAGCGAACGCAGAUAUACCAAUAACAUAAUUAUAAUAAACAACAUCUUUUAAUGACGG